CUGGAAUUGAUAGCCUUUUCUACCAGUCAAAGAGAAGUCUUCAUUCUUGGGACAAAUGUCUAACCCCUUUUCAGGCGUAGUUACUAAGCUCGGUAUCCACAUGACCCCCGCCCCAACGCAAUAUAUGGAUUGUUCAGUCAGUGUUCCAGAGGAAGCUUGAUUUAGGUAUUCUAAACGGCACCCUUUCUCGUCUGCAACGAGAAUCCGUCAUCAUGAAUCAUCCAACAAUCUCAAAUCUUUUCCGACAAAUGGCCGUCUCAGAAAACCCAGCAAUUCUUCAACAAGUCCUUGCGCCAGGUUCUCAAGGUGGUCACGCCAGCCGCGAACUCCUCGAUAGAUUGAACCUAACCAAGGAACGAGGAUUCUGGAAAGGGAUGUUUGCCAUUUACGGACCAUCCAAAGCCGCUGUUGACACUUCAUGGGAAAGCGUACAAGAUGCCUUCGAAGGUGUUCCCGGGGUGAAAUUUGGGGCCGACUAUCACGAAGCGAAACGCGGCCAACGCUUAAAAAUUAGAGACAUGCCAGAGUUCGAGAUUCCACACAAUGGAUUCCCACGCCUUUCAGCAUUACCGAUGAUGGAUACGCGAGGUUAUGGCGGUGGACAUAUCUGUUUCUCUCCUCUUUUCCCACCUGGAGGCAAGGAGCUCUACGAGUGGUACAAAUUCGCCAGUCAACGAAUCUCGGAAGAAAAUUUUGAUCUUUUUGCGGAUUUCCAUUGCUACGGCAGGUAUACUAUCGCUAUUGUUGUAAUGGUGUACGGUCCCACUGAGGGAAGACGGGCCGAUGCUCUGUACGAGGAGUUGAUGGUUCAGGCGCACGAGGAGCAUCAGACUUCAGAGUAUCGGACGCAUAUAGACUAUAUGAGUAAGAUCGCUUCUCAUUUCGAUUUCAAUGAUGGAGCGUUAAAUAAGUUUGUUACUGGAUUAAAGGAGCUUUUAGACCCUAAUGGGAUUCUUUCGCAAGGGAAGUCAGGUAUUUGGUCGACUAGACAUGACAAGGUUGAUGAAUGGAAGAGCAAUGGAACUGCGGUUCGACUCCACAAUGAAGCUUCUGGUGGCAUCAUAUCUCUCCCACCCCUUACGGGACACAAAAACAACACUAAUGCUUAUAAGGUUGAUGAACGUACGCUGCACACAACUUCGAAAAUACCUUUACGUGGUUUAUUAUAAGCGCGGCCUGAUAUAGUCCAGUCUACAGCCCUUACUAAGAUAUAUUGUAAAGGGUUAACCCACGCACCAGACGAAUGCGGCGCCAGUGCCAGUCACGAUGUAAGGUGCGAGUCGUGACCAGGCAUCCAAACCACGGGCCGAGGGGCCUAGAAAGGCCUAUGGUCGGCCUAUAUAUAUUGGGUGAGGAUCAUUAGGUAGAGGAUCAGGGUGGGGGUUGGCUGCUCCUUUUCUUCCAACAUUCCCGGACCCGCUGUCAUCUCAGUCCCCAUCACACCAUUCCUAUCCCACCUUGGUCCAAACCAAUGCAUAACCCCGGUUAUUCACGAUCUUUUCGGGUCCCGCUCCGUGUAAAAAUAAAAUACAGAUCACAUGAAG